AUGGGCAUCCAAAACGGCCUGCAGCAGUUGCUCAUGCACCUUCAAAUGAAUGAAUCGGCUGCCAAUUACUCUCUGUCCGAUGUGGUCAUUGUAUCUUUAGAACUCGCAGUGUCUCGGAGAUGCAGGCGGGCUAUUAUGCUCGACAAGGGAUAUCAGCCUGUGAUCAGGGAGCUCGGCAUUGCAUCCAUUGACACACGACAGAUCUUUGAUCAGCCUGCUGAGUGUAUGCCAGCGUCAACCAAAAGACGGAUCAAAACUCAGCAAUUUUCAACAUUGAACGCGUCGAAAGACUUCGAAGACUGCGAUGUAACCAAUUUCGGGGAGUGUGAAUUCCCUGAGACGUUGCAUGUUCUUCCGGAGGAGCUCAUUCCCAUCGUCGCACGUGCAGUACGCAUCCAGGGAGACGAUCGUGUGAUGGCGGAAACUGGUGCGAGCACCCUGCGCCAAAUCAUUGUUGUCGGCCACUCAAUUGCUGGCGAUCUGGCCAUCUUGAAGAGACUCGGUUUCAACAUGCACAAGGAGAAAAACAUCGUGGCUAUAUUGGACAUGUAUGGCCUCAGCAAAGAGAUCCUCACAGUCGCAUCGUUGCCGGCAUUGUGA